AUAUACUACUAAUAUGACAAAGGCACCUCUCAUGAAUAUUAAUCGUGCUUAUGUUGCUUCGUAACCUUUUUAAGGCGUCAGUCACGAAACUAAUCAACACUCUUAAAGGGCUGUUCACACCGAACAAAUUUUCGCGUCCAUCCGCACUGAUUUUCAAUGUAAACACGUUCUAGACGGACGUCUUUAACCGUUGCGCGGCGUCUCGUGGGUAGCGGCACUUUUUUAGACACGGUAAAAUAAAUAAAAAGCUUCGACUGUUAAAAAACGCGUCUUUUGUUCCGCUUGUCGCACUGGAUCUCACUUUAUAACCACACGGCCAUGUUCGAGUGAACGGCCCCUUCAUUGGUCAGCUGGCUAGCGCACGUUUCCCAUCAGCCAAUCAGAUGUACUCUCGCUACGCAACGUAAUAAAUAUUCAUAAGCCUUUGUAUUUCACUAGUUCCGCUUAUUUCAUCAGCGUCUUGCGUCCUCUACAGAUUUUAAAUAGUCACUGCAUGGGUGUUUGACGCGCUGCAGUGCGGACCAGCGCAAAGGAUGCGCGAACGGACACUUGCGUUAGGACUUUAUUUAUUCAUCGAAAUGCAUUCGAUGGUUCGGUUAUCUCGAUAGAAUAAUAUACGGAUUAUUAGUCUUAAUUAUCCAUCGUCUAGGCUGCUGAUGCUCGCUGUGAAUCGGAGCGCUCAUCACAUGCCAGAUCUGUGUAUUUGCUAUAACCUUGGAUCUUUAUGCCAUAAACUGUUUGCUUGGUUUUAAUUUCAUAUGCAUGCUAUUUUAAAUUUUAAGACCGCUUCCAGUAGGUGUUUUUUGUGUGCAAUACAUUAGCGUUGAUUUAUCAGUGCGGCUGAAGAGUGCUUUAUUACAUGCAUAAAAUACAAUGUAACGGGUAACAGAUUCAGGUUCGACUUUUUGACAAGUCAGGUGUUUCUGAGUAGUAAAACCGCUAGUGAUGUGAGCGCACCUGGAGAGAUUUUGUGCACAAUGGAGCAUCAAGAAUAAGAAGCAAAAAUCGGGCGGUUUAUGUUUUUAAAGAAGCUGAUGGUUUGUGUCACCGUGAGGUCCCAAAUGAAGAUUUCAAAACGACGAAAAGGACUUCCUUUUCGUAGUCUCUGUGCCAGAUAAAUGGCUCGUUUAAGCUGGGAGCUGCCAGAGUGCUCUCCGGGUUUCAGUGCCUAGCACCAGCUCUGCAGGACAACGCCAACAUGAACGGCACUGCGGAGCAGCAGGACAUUCUGCCCCCAAACUGCAUGGUCAAAGAGAGAUGGAAAGUGCUAAAGAAGAUAGGUGGAGGGGGGUUCGGGGAAAUCUAUGAGGCAUUGGACGUGCUGACUCGGGAGAAUGUGGCAUUAAAAGUGGAGUCAGCUCAGCAGCCCAAACAAGUCCUGAAGAUGGAGGUAGCGGUUCUGAAGAAACUGCAGGGUAAAAACCAUGUGUGUAAGUUCAUUGGCUGCGGGCGAAACGAUAAAUUCAACUAUGUCGUCAUGCAACUACAGGGUAGAAAUCUGGCGGAUCUCAGGCGAAGUCAACCACGCGGCACCUUUAACAUGAGCACAACACUUCGUCUGGGAAAACAGAUUCUGGAAUCCAUAGAGGCCAUUCACUCCGUUGGCUUUCUCCACCGAGACAUCAAACCGUCAAAUUUUGCCAUGGGAAGGCUGCCUUCAACAUACAGGAAAUGUUAUAUGCUAGAUUUUGGCCUCGCACGACAGUAUACCAACAGUAAUGGAGAAGUUCGACCGCCCAGAACUGUUGCAGGAUUUCGAGGGACUGUUCGAUAUGCAUCUGUGAAUGCACAUAAAAACAAAGAAAUGGGUCGCCAUGAUGACCUGUGGUCUUUGUUUUACAUGUUGGUUGAAUUUGCUGCUGGGCAGCUACCAUGGAGGAAAAUCAAGGACAAGGAGCAGGUGGGUCAGAUUAAAGAGCGUUAUGAUCACAGGAUGCUUCUUAAACAUAUGCCAUCAGAGUUUAAUGUCUUCCUUGAGCAUGUUUUAGGCCUCGACUAUUACACCAAACCCAACUAUCAGCUCCUGAUGUCAGUGUUUGAGAACAGCAUGAAAGAACGCAUCAUCACAGAGAACGAGCCGUAUGAUUGGGAGAAAAAUGGGACAGACUCCACUAUGUCUGCUACCACACCGAGUGCAGCGCAACAAAACACACGGCCUACAGCAGCGAUGGCUGGGGUCAUCAAUGUGACCCUGAUGCCAGGUGACCAUCAGAGAGAGAACACGGAUGAUGUUGUGCUGGACGAGCACUUGAGUGACCAAGAAAACGCCCCUCCAGUUCCCUCCGGACGGCCAGCUGAUGGAAGCCAGUUACCCACAGAUGCAGACGGGUGGGAGGAAACUGAUAUCAACCGCAACAAACUCAGGAUUAACCUUGGAAAGGGAGGUCAAGAGGAAGAGGGUAACCGGGGAGGGUCCCCUAUGUUACCACAAAGAGGAGGGGGAGGUUUGGACUCUCCAGGUGUGCAGGUGCACUCGCUCAGGUACCGACGGGUCAACAGCCCUGAAUCUGACCGUUUGUCUGCCGCUGAUGGGCGAGAGGGUUACGGGCAACGAUCUCGAAUGGACAUCCUGGGUUCUCCCUCUCGGCACGUUUACUCCUCGCAGCCUGCUCAGAUGCUGUCCGUCGACGGCUGCCGUGGAGACCGCAGGCGUAACGAGGCCUCUGCAUCAGUGGACCAGGAAGCCCACAGCAACGCCUUCAUUCGCUCUGUCCCACUUGCCGAAGAGGAGGACUUUGACAGCAAAGAGUGGGUGAUCAUAGACAAAGAAACCGAGCUCAGAGACUUCCACCACCCACCGGGGGCCGAGCCCACCACAUCCGGCACCACGGAUGAGGAGCCGGAGGUAUUGCCCCCUUUAGAGGACGGAGAAGAGCGGUGGAGACAUAGAGGGACGGAUCCGUCGGUCAGACCCAAGACGUCAUAUGGAGACCGGACUACACGAGGGAUGCUGCCUCUUACGGAGGAGGAGGUGUCUAGGAGGAGUGGAAAAGGGCAGUCAACGUCAGCGGAGAGCCCUAUGCCGUCACCCUGUCACUCACUGCCCUCCGGACGGCUGCGGCGGAGAGAGUUAGACCCCAACGGACCUCAGAGACAGGUCUCUGUCCCAAGUGAGCCUCUGUUGUCACCGACUGACUACAGGACUAAAUCGCCAUCCUCAGAGAAGGAGAUGUUCCAUAUCCUUCCUAAACUGCACGCUAAAAGAGCCGACUUCCUCACCGUCAUGCUGACAGGUAGCCUGCAUCAGCGUCGGGCCUUCACAGCAACACUGCCUGAGACUCAGGAUGAUGGACCUAGAGAUGACGACGUCACAAAGAGCGAGUCCAGUAGUGGAGCGAGCGAAAGGAGUACAGAACGUUGUCAAGAUGGGGCUCCAUCCACCUUAGUGGCCGAUGAUCCUCACAAGCAGCCGAAAGAAUCGGGUUCGGUGGCUGAUGUAGAUCCUGACCAAGAGGACGUCUCAAAGACACUUGUUCUGUUUUCACCAGGAGACAUGAUGAGGUCUCCAAAUGCCAUGAAUGGGACUGAAGUGGAUCAGGAUAUGGCAGGUUCUAAUGCUCCUCAAAAUGAGCAGUUGAAUAAUGGUGGUCAAGUAGAGGUUCAGAUUCAGGAGGAUAUAAACCAGGUGCAGAGGGCCUCAGAUGACCUAGACCCAUCCAUAGAGAUGCCUAAACUGGUGGUAACCAUGUCAACAACUCUAGUGGCCUCAGGCUCAAUAGCAUCGCCCCCCUUCUCCAAAGUGGAGCGAACUUUUGUACACAUUUCUGAGACAUCCCAUCUGAAUAUUAUGUCUUCCCGUGGUGCACAGGUCAGAGAAGGUGACCCUGAAGUUCUAGCCAUUGCCGAGGACGUUCAGAUGAAGGUAAAUUCAGUCCUUUCUACAGAGCCAGGAGUCGUCCAUUCUGAAGUCACCUCUCUGACCCCUACAGAAGCGCCUCAGAUACUCAGUGUCCCAAAGGAAACUUCUGACAAACAAGAAGGUCUUACGGUUCUCGUCUCCUUAAAGUCAAGGGAACCCCUCCAGCAAGAUUCAUCAACUGAUGGAAAACAGCCACCAAAAGAAGAACAUCACAAGGAAAAGUCAGUACCUGAGAAUGACACAUGCGUUAUAGGACUUUCUAAAAGUCCACAGACAAGGAGCAAGAGUCGCAUUCCUAUCCUGGUGUCAGAGGAGGAUGUGAGAUCAGAACAAUCCCAUUCCAACAAAGAACGGCUGCGAAGGAGAGCGAGUCAUCAGGACUUGGCCCGCUUGGCUGUGGAGAGACAGCGACAGGAACGCUGGAUGAGACUGAAUUCCAGGACUUCAUCCUCGCUGUCUUCUGGAGAAGAGCCCAAGAGAGCCACAGAGACUUAUUCUACUAUGGGCUCAGAGGAGGAUGUUCAUCAAUCUGAUGAUUCCCUCAACAAGCUCAAGAAAGAGGCUGAAGAGAAAAACAACACUGGGUGGAGCAGCAGGAUCCCCAGACCAGUCACCCCAACAAGGAAGCCUUUAAAACUAAUGGUUGUAGCCCCUGUUAUCCUACAAGAAGCUGGCACUUUGAAAUUAGUGCAAAGAUCAAUCAAUGGCACAAAGGUUGAAUCGCAAACAGGAGCAAGCGCUCCACCACUCCACACCAAAUCGAAAUCGACACUGUCCCGUUCAACCGUUCCAAGUGGAAGUAAUCGUAUGCCUCUCUACUGCAUUCCUGCGUCAUCUCAUCGCAGCUUAAGCACUGCAAACGGCACUUUCCCCUCCACCCGCAUCGCUAGCCCCUCGCCACAGAGGUUUCCCCUGCGAACUGCGGUCAGUGAAUCACGCAAGCAGCCAUUUGCGCUUCGAGCCACUGUGGAGCUUCCGCUAAAGUCUAGGACUACUUGCAAUGGCACAAAACAAUCCACCAAUACAGCUGUGAGGAAUCGAACCAAAGCUUCUGCUCCUUUGAAGAACGCAGUUCCCGUGAGAAGGGAAAAAAGCACAAGCAACAGCGCAGCUGCAGCCAGAUAAGACACUGACUGCGGUUUACUGCAGUCGUUUUCUUCUCAAUUACUUGAACAUAUUGCCUCAAAAGUGCAUCAUCCCCCCUUUUAAUUAUGUUCUUCCUAAUUAAUGAAUGACUUGUUCCCAUUUUGAUUUCUGCACCAGAUAUGCCGUACCAUAAGAUUACAGAACGUUCACACAUUUAGCUAACACGGUGCUAUACUGUAUAUGUUUGUUCUGUUGUGCAUAUUUAAUUCAGUAUUUGGUUUAUGAAGGUGUCAUUUAUAAUUAGUUAGAUACCAUGUUGUCUUUUACCCUUAUCAAACAUGGUAAAUUGCAUUGACAAUACUAUACACCGCAGGCACAUGGAACGAUGUAAUAUCUAGCACAUUUCCAUAGACAACACUGCACAAAUGUCCUCUGGUCUGCAGCUAGGCCCACUUUGUAAACCUUGUAACACUGGGCAUGCUUGUCUUUAGCUUGUUUCAAGUGUUGUAAUAUACUGCUGUAUGCUUGUACAUAUUCUUUACAGUAAUUCAAGCAGAGACCUCUUUAUUUUUUUCAGGCAAAAAGAAAUGGUCAAAUAUUUGGUUCUAAUUUUGUUAAAGGAAUAUUUUGUUGGUUCCACGCCGAGUUGUCUCUGUUUCUAAGCAUGGCAAAUGUCACACAUUAUUUAUUGUCAAUAUGAAUGAUUUCUAAAUGAAAAAAAAGUCUGUCCUCUUUUGUUCUUAUUACAAUGGUGGACAUUUUUGUUGGAGCAUAAAAUGAUCGAGUCUUAAUUAAGUGUUAUGAUUUUGUUUC